AUCGGGGAAAGGUUGGCGGAGCGAGACUGCUGGCUAGCAGACAGCAAUUGGAUAGGAAUUGUGCUGUAUCUGGGCCCCGAGACGGCCGACGAGGACGAAGAAAAGAAGAACAAGAACCAGACCCAGCCUAUAUCAAUCCCGAGCUGCCCAUACUCGGCCGCCUUCGUCCUCAUACCUUGCCUGGUUGAACCUUUUCCUCCUUGCUCUCCUGCCACACCCUCCUCCUGCUCGAGCUGCCAGCUACGCGGACAAAACAAACACCUAGACGACCACGACGAGGUCCAUCCAUCUGCCUCCCAGCAACCCAUCACAUCUCCUCCCCUCCCCCCCCCAAAGAUCCUAGAGACCACACCACCACAGUCCGUCAAGAGCUCGCAGGACCAUCGUGACAGAUAGAGCGUGCGUUUCGAGCUGCAAUACCGCCCUGGUUUUCUUACCCACAGUCUCUCUCCCUCCCUCCUCGACCAACGCCGCGCUUUUACUAGCUCCGGCGGUUUUCUCGACACAUCUACCCUCUCUGUAUCAUUAAUGACCUAGAUACCCCUCGUUGCACCUCUCCCAUCGACAGACCCCUCAAACCCUCAGAAUGGCCGACGCAUCCAGCAGCGCGCCUCGGAACGGCGUCGUUGUGCCUCAGAACAAGCAGACAUAUGCCGAGUUGCACCAGAUAGCAGACCACUUCAUCGGAGGCAACAGGGUGGAGAAUGCAAAAGACUCGAAAGUUAAAGAUUUCGUGAUUGCGAACAGCGGGCACACGGUCAUUACGAAUGUUUUGAUUGCCAACAACGGUAUUGCUGCCGUCAAGGAAAUCCGUUCAGUCCGAAAAUGGGCGUACGAGACUUUUGGCGACGAGCGCGCCAUCCAGUUCACCGUCAUGGCCACUCCUGAAGAUCUGCAAGCCAACGCAGACUACAUUCGAAUGGCAGACCACUACGUCGAGGUCCCUGGCGGCACAAACAACCACAACUACGCCAACGUGGAGCUGAUCGUGGACAUUGCCGAGCGCAUGAACGUCCACGCCGUCUGGGCUGGCUGGGGUCACGCCUCAGAGAACCCGAAAUUGCCAGAAUCGCUCGCCGCCUCGCCCAAGAAGAUCGUCUUCAUUGGACCUCCAGGCUCUGCCAUGCGCUCUCUUGGUGACAAGAUCUCCUCUACAAUUGUCGCACAGCACGCCGCAGUACCCUGCAUUCCUUGGUCUGGCACCGGUGUCGACGAGGUCACCGUUGACGACAACGGAAUCGUCACUGUGGCCGACGAUGUCUACAUGAAGGGCUGCGUCCAAUCCUGGCAGGAGGGCCUGGAGAAGGCCAGGCAGAUUGGCUUCCCUGUCAUGAUCAAGGCGUCCGAGGGUGGUGGUGGCAAGGGCAUCCGGAAGGCCAUGAGCGAGGAUGGUUUCGAGCAGCUUUACAAGGCUGCGGCGAGCGAGAUCCCCGGCUCUCCCAUCUUCAUCAUGAAGCUUGCCAGCAGUGCCCGCCACCUGGAGGUCCAGCUGCUCGCUGACCAGUACGGCAACAACAUUUCCCUGUUCGGCAGAGAUUGCUCGGUCCAGAGGCGCCACCAAAAGAUCAUCGAGGAGGCACCUGUCACCAUCGCCAAGGCCCCUACCUUCAGGGCCAUGGAGGAUGCUGCCGUCAGGCUUGGCAGGCUUGUCGGUUAUGUCUCCGCUGGUACCGUUGAGUACCUGUACUCGCACCACGACGACAAGUUCUACUUCUUGGAGCUGAACCCCCGUCUCCAGGUCGAGCACCCCACCACCGAGAUGGUCAGUGGUGUCAACCUGCCUGCUGCUCAACUGCAGAUUGCCAUGGGUCUCCCCCUGCAUCGCAUUCGCGAUAUCCGGCUCCUCUACGGGGUGGACCCCAAGGCUGCAACAGAAAUCGACUUCGAGUUUAAGAACGAGGGCAGCGCCAAGACACAGCGACGACCGACUCCCAAGGGUCACACCACGGCUUGCCGUAUCACUUCCGAAGACCCUGGCGAGGGCUUCAAGCCGUCCAAUGGUGUUAUGCACGACCUGAACUUUAGGAGUAGCUCCAACGUUUGGGGUUAUUUCUCCGUCAGUACUGGCUCGGGUAUUCACAGUUUCUCCGACUCGCAGUUCGGCCACAUCUUCGCCUACGGAGAGAACCGACAAGCCUCGCGAAAGCACAUGGUUGUCGCUCUCAAGGAGUUGAGCAUUCGUGGUGACUUCCGAACCACCGUCGAGUACCUCAUCAAGCUCCUGGAGACCGAGGCUUUCGAGGAAAACACCAUCACCACCGGCUGGCUUGAUGAGCUCAUCUCAAAUAAGCUCACGGCCGAGCGCCCCGACUCCACCCUGGCUGUCGUCUGCGGUGCCGUCACAAAAGCACACAUUGCUAGCGAGCAGUGCUUUGCUGACUACAAGGCGGGCCUGAACAAGGGUCAAGUGCCCUCCAAGGACAUUCUCAAGACCGUGUUCCCCGUCGACUUCAUCUACGAAGGCUACCGUUACAAGUUCACGGUGACGCGGUCGAGCAUGGACAGCUACCACCUCUUUAUCAACGGUUCCAAGUGCUCCGUCGGCGUGCGUGCUCUCAGUGACGGCGGUCUGCUCAUUCUGCUUGAUGGGCGCAGUCACAGCAUCUACUGGAAGGAAGAGGUCGGGGCUACCCGUGUCUCCGUAGACAGCAAGACCUGCUUGCUUGAGCAAGAGAACGACCCUACUCAGCUCAGGUCGCCCAGUCCCGGAAAGCUGGUCUCCUACUCGGUCGAGAACGGCGAGCACGUUGCCGCCGGUCAAAUCUUUGCCGAAGUUGAGGUCAUGAAGAUGUACAUGCCGCUCGUUGCGCAGGAAGAUGGUGUGGUCCAGCUCAUCAAGCAGCCCGGUGCCACACUCGAGGCUGGUGACAUCUUGGGCAUACUUGUCCUGGAUGACCCCAGCCGUGUCAAGCAGGCCCAGCCUUUCCUUGGCCACCUGCCUGAGUUCGGCCCACCGAUGAUUGCUGGUGACAAGCCUGCCCAGAGGUUCUCCAAGCUCCAUGAAACCCUUACCAACAUUCUCGAGGGCUUCGACAACACCGUCGUCAUGCAGUCUACUCUCAAGGAGCUUGUCGAGGUCCUGAGGAAUCCCGAGCUUCCCUACAGCGAGUGGAACGCUCAGUUCUCAGCCUUGCACAGCCGCAUGCCACAGAAACUGGACGCGCAAUUCGCUCAGCUUGUCGAGCGCGCCAAGCAGCGAAAUGCAGAGUUCCCUGCCAAGGCGCUCGCCCGUGCCUUCCAGAAGUUCUUGGAUGACAACGUGGCGCCAAAUGACGCCAACACGCUUCGCACCACGCUUGAGCCUCUUACUACCAUUCUUGAGCUGUACAGCGAGGGUCAGAAGGCCCGUGAGCUCAAGGUCAUCGCCGAUAUCCUGGAGAGGUACGCCGAGGUCGAGCGCCUGUUCUCGGGCAAGAAGCAGCAAGAUGAAGAGAUCAUUCUUGCACUCCGAGACGAGAACAAGGAGGAUGUUUCCAAGGUCGUCACGACCGUCCUCUCCCACAGCCGUGUCACCGCCAAGAACAACCUCAUCCUUGCUAUCCUCGACGUGUACCGCCCCAACAAGCCCAAUGUUGGCAACAUUGCCAAGUACCUGCGCCCCGUGCUGAGGAUCCUGGCGGAUUUGGAGUCCCGCCAGACCGCCAAGGUUUCCCUCAAGGCGCGAGAAAUUCUCAUCCAGUGUGCUCUGCCGUCGCUCGAGGAGCGGAAGGCACAAAUGGAGCAUAUCCUGCGGUCUUCCGUCGUGGAGUCCAAGUACGGCGAGUCCGGGCUGGACCACCGGAACCCUGCCCUGGAUGUGAUCAAGGAAGUCGUCGACUCGAAGUACACUGUCUUUGAUGUGCUGCCCCAGUUCUUCGCUCAUGAAGAUCCCUGGGUCGGGCUGGCCGCCCUUGAGGUUUACGUGCGCCGUGCUUAUCGUGCGUAUGUGAUCAAGCAAAUCGAGUACCAUUCGGACGAGGCAGAAAACCCAUCCUUUGUUUCCUGGGACUUCGUGCUCAGGAAGAUGGGCCAGUCAGAGCUUGGGCUGCCCAUCGAGUCUGCCGCGCCCUCGUCCCCGGCCACCCCCGCCACACCCGGCAGGGCUGAUUAUGGUUUCGGACGCAUCAACUCUAUCAGCGACAUGUCGUACCUGACCCGCAAGGUCGGAGAAGACGCAGGGCGCCGCGGUGUCAUCGUUCCCUGCAAGUACAUGGACGAUGUCGAGGAUCUGCUAGCCAAGGCUCUCGAGAUUCUCCCUCUCUCACACAAGGGCCAGGCGAAGAAGAACAGCCUGAUUCCUGACCUCGCCGGCAAGAGGAAGCCCGCUCCCGUCCGCCGCGAUUCUCAGGAUGAGCUCUCAAACGUGGUCAACAUUGCUGUCCGCGACUCCGAGAGCGGCAACGACGCUGACAAUCUGGCCCGUAUCACAGAUAUCAUCGAGGGCUUCAAGGGCGAGCUCAACGCUCGCGGUGUUCGCCGUGUCACCUUCAUUUGCGGACGAGCUGACGGCUCUUACCCCGCCUACUACACCUUCCGUGGGCCAACUUACGAGGAAGACGACAGCAUUCGACACAACGAACCAGCACUGGCCUUCCAGCUGGAGCUCAACCGGUUGUCCAAGUUCAGGAUCAAGCCCGUCUUCACCGAAAACAAGAACAUCCACGUAUAUGAGGCUGUCGCCAAGGAGAAUGAGGCAGACAAGCGUUACUUCACACGUGCGGUGAUCAGGCCUGGUCGUCUUCGUGAUGAGAUCCCCACAGCCGAGUACUUGAUCUCUGAGGCUGACCGCGUCAUCAACGACAUCUUCGACGCUCUGGAGAUUAUUGGCAACAACAACUCUGACCUGAACCACCUGUUCAUCAACUUCACACCGGUCUUCCAACUGCACCCUCGCGAGGUCGAGUACUCGCUCCAAGGGUUCCUUGACCGCUUCGGACCACGAGGAUGGCGUCUUCGUGUCGCCCAAGUUGAGAUCCGCAUCAUCUGCACGGACCCCGCCACAGGCACCCCAUACCCGCUGCGUGUGGUCAUCACCAACACCUCUGGUUUCGUUGUCCAGGUCGAGGUGUAUGCGGAACGCAAGUCCGAGAAGGGUGAAUGGGUCUUCAACUCACUUGGUGGCACUACCAAGAUAGGAGCGAUGCACUUGCUCCCCGUGUCUACGCCCUACCCAACAAAGAACCAGCUCCAGCCCAAGAGGUACAAGGCCCAUCUCAUGGGCACACAAUACGUGUACGAUUUCCCCGAGCUCUUCCGCCAGGCCAUCCAGAACUCCUGGGCCGAGGCUGUCAAGGUCACCCCCUCGCUGGCCGAGAAGCAGCCACCCGUGGGUGACUGCAUCGACUACUCAGAGCUUGUUCUGGAUGACACCGACAAGCUUGCUGAGGUCUCUCGCGAGCCGGGCACCAACACACACGGUAUGGUCGGUUGGUUGAUUAACGCCCGCACGCCCGAGUACCCCCGUGGCCGAAGGUUCGUCCUGAUCUCAAACGACAUCACGUACCAGAUCGGAUCCUUUGGUCCCAAGGAGGACCACUACUUCAACAAGUGCACUGAGCUUGCUCGCAAGUUGGGCGUUCCCCGCAUCUACCUGUCUGCCAACUCGGGUGCUCGUCUUGGUGUUGCGAACGAGCUCAUGUCUCACUUCAAGGUUGCCUUCAAUGACCCCAACAAGCAGGAGGCCGGCUUCAAGUACCUGUACCUGGAUGACGAAGCAAAGAAGCGCUUCGAAGGCUCCGUCAUAACCGAAGAGAUUGUCGAGGACGGUGAAAAACGCCACAAGAUCACCACCAUUGUCGGCAAGGAGGAUGGUCUUGGUGUUGAGUGUCUGCGUGGUUCUGGUCUCAUUGCCGGUGCCACCAGCCGCGCUUACAACGACAUCUUCACUUGCACACUGGUCACCUGCCGCUCUGUUGGUAUUGGUGCCUACCUUGUCCGACUCGGUCAACGUGCUGUCCAGGUUGAGGGUCAGCCGAUCAUCCUCACCGGUGCCCCUGCCCUCAACAACCUGCUCGGCCGCGAGGUGUACACCUCCAACCUGCAACUUGGUGGCACUCAGAUCAUGUACCGAAACGGUGUGUCGCACAUGACCGCCGAGGACGACAUGGCUGGUAUUUCCAAGAUUGUUCAGUGGAUGUCCUACGUGCCCGACAAGCGUAACAACCCUGUCCCGAUCUCGCCCAGCGCCGACCCAUGGGAUCGCGAUGUCGUUUUCACUCCUGUCCCCCGACAGCCGUAUGACGUCCGCUGGAUGAUCGCCGGUAAGCAGGAGGGCGACGACUUCCAGCCUGGUCUGUUCGACAAGGACUCGUUUGUCGAGACCCUCGGAGGCUGGGCCCGCACAGUUGUUGUCGGUCGUGCGCGCCUGAGCGGUAUUCCCAUGGGUGUCAUUGCUGUCGAAACCCGGUCCAUUGAGAAUGUCACGCCAGCUGACCCUGCCAACCCUGACUCGAUCGAGCAGGUCAGCCAGGAGGCUGGUGGUGUCUGGUACCCCAACUCGGCUUUCAAGACUGCGCAGGCCAUCAACGAUUUCAACUACGGUGAGCAGCUGCCAUUGAUGAUUCUCGCGAACUGGCGUGGUUUCUCUGGCGGCCAGCGCGACAUGUACAACGAGGUUCUCAAGUACGGUUCAUUCAUUGUGGACGCCCUCGUCAAGUACGAGCAGCCCAUCUUCGUGUACAUUCCCCCUCACGGUGAGCUGCGUGGAGGAUCUUGGGUCGUUGUCGAUCCUACUAUCAACCCCGUGGCCAUGGAGAUGUACGCCGAUGUCGAGGCCCGUGGUGGUGUCCUGGAGCCCGAGGGUAUUGUCGGUAUCAAGUUCCGCAAAGAUAAGCAGCUCCAGAACAUGGCGCGCAACGACGCCGUUUACGCUUCGCUUAAGAAGAAGCUGGCCGAGGCGCAAGCGAACAACGCAGGCAAGGACGAGAUCGAGUCCAUUCACAAGGAGAUCACUGCCCGCGAGGAGCUGAUCCUGCCUGUCUACACGCAGAUCAGCCUGCAAUUUGCCGACCUGCACGACCGAUCGGGACGCAUGAAGGCCAAGGGUGUGAUCCGCGAGCAGCUUGAAUGGGUCAACAGCCGUCGCUUCUUCUACUGGCGUGUGCGCAGGAGACUCAACGAGGAGUACAUCCUGCGCCGCAUGGCAGCCGCGACAAGCUCCGCCGGUGCUGUUACCAAGGACCCUGUUGCGCUCCGCAACCACCAUCUCGCCAAGCUGCAGGCUUGGAGCGGGGUGCCCGAGUUUGACACCAAGGACCGCGAGGUGGCCGUGUGGUAUGAGGAGCACCGCCAACAGGUUAAUGACAAGGUCGCUGCCCUGAAGGUGGAGGCCACACAGGCGCACAUCGCGGAGCUGUUGGUGGAUAAGACGGCGUUUGAGGGUGUCCGGGCAGCGCUGAGCAACCUGCCCAUUGCUGAGAAGGAGGCUCUGCUUAAGCAACUCUCGUCGUAAGCAGUGGGGUUCAAAUUUCUGUUAUCAUUCCGUUUUGGGUUUUCUUGGGUGGCCUGUAUGAAAAGAUGGUGGCUACUUGUCAUUUUCUCGCAUGGCGUUUCUAUAAAGGCCAGGCUCAUGGUUCCUCUUUUUCGCACGAUAGCAGCAUGCUUGACUUAGAGUGAGGGUGUCCUACUAGGGGUUUUAGAGCAGAGGACUUUGUGUACAAUGAGAUGACACUGUUGACAUUCAUGAGAGUUUGACAAGUGAGAUGACUGUGUUGUUAAGAAGUUUCUACCUGAUGACUGUCUAACUUCUGUCUUGUGUGCCUGGAAUGACCAACCACCAACCACUGGUUGUUGGGUGGUUUCGUUCUCAAUCCGUAUACAUCCGAAGGUGUAUUGUGCGGUCCUUUCACACAGUGGUAAACGCUCAAAGACUCAAC